GUGUUUCAAUGCAAGAUACUCCUCUCACUGGGAGAGGCCAGUCAAAUAGAAGCCGGGGUCGUCCUAAAGGUUCAAGUGGUGGCUCAAAAGGUGGCACAGGGAAAGGCAGAAGCCGGAAGUCAAUAGCAGGAAGCGCAGCUGCAAUGGCAGGAGCCAAAGCAGGAGCAGCAGCAGCCUCGGCAGCUGCGUACGCAGCGUACGGGUACAGUGUCUCAAAAGGCAUGUCUGCAAAUAGCCCUCUGCAAACAGCAAUUAUUCGGCCUUCUGGACUUGCAGAUUUUGGACCUUCAAGCGCCUCUUCUCCCUUGAGUUCCCCUUUGAGCAAAGGAAACAGUGUGUGUGGGACCCCCAAAAGCUUAAACCUGACCAGCAGUCUCAUAUCAGAAACUCCAAUUCGGAAGCAAAGCAAAGGUGCCCACACCUCAGGUGGUCGGUAGUAAUUUUGAACCCCCAAAGCUUGUCUGAACUGCGUUGGCUUUCAGAGCAGACCACCCUGCCAGUUGAAGGCAUGCAAACGAAUGCCUUGAUGCUGUCCAGCACGUGUGUGGAAAGAAAAUCAAAGCACAAUUGGAGUGGGUGGUUUAUGUGAGCACUUUGAUUAUUUGUAUUCCAAAAAACUAUCUUUGCAGACACUGC